GUCGGCGGCGUUAGUUCACAGUUAAGAAAAUAAUAAAAAAUAAAAUAAAUAAAUAAGUAAAAAGGAAAUUGAUAAUCAAGAUAGUCUCAAAGAACCCCAUAUCACACGGAGAAAUUAAUAUGGACCUAAAAAUGGAACUGGGCGGCUAUGUUCAGUCCUCGCCAAACACCAAGCGUUUCGUUGUGGAAGACUCGAUUACCAAGGUCACAUCCGACGGCGAGCCCCAUGGAAUGAUGACCAUGGUGGCGGGACUGUCCGGAUUGCUGGCCGCCAUCAUUAUUCUGGCCGUGCUCGUAUCCAUGGUAGCCUGUCGCAAGCAAAAGAGCAACCGAAAGGGCAACAUUACCACCAAUGUGGCCAUGACCAGUGUCCAGCAGGAUCAGCCGCAGUUGGCAGGCAACCUCAAUGCCGCUUUUGCCGAGAGCACUCUCACAUUGGACAAGGACCAGGACAAGGAGGUUCAGUGGCGGCCCACGUCCGUGGUAGUGGAGCGAUAUUAGCUUUAUCGAGCUCCAUAUAGCCCGGAAGGAAAACGUGAUGUUUUUGUGAACAUUUGAGACUGAGACUUAGCCUAAGGAUUCCCAUCACCAUUUUCUAUUAAUGUACAUACAAAAAUGCUAUAUAUUCUAUCUUUUUUUUCUUGUUAAAAUGUAUAAAAUAUGUCUAAUUACAUACUUAUAUAAAAAAAAUAUUACACUUAUGUAGAUAAAGUAUUUUUAGCUACUUGAGUCUGAUCUUUCAGAUCAAGGUAGAAAAAAGAGCAACAACUCAUAACUUCAGCGUUGAGACCAGAUAAUUAAAACUGGCUCCGUGGCAAAACUAUCGUCUAUCGGCGUUCCAACCUGUUCUAUUUUCACGCUUUUAAAAUUU